CUUAAUGAAGUUGCGAAGAGCCUUAGUUGAGCUGAGCUGUGCUGACUACUUCCACCUCCAUAGAAACGGAUCAAGUUGGACUUGUAUUUUCUCCUUAGAAAACACCAAAACAUACAGGCUUACCCACAUCUCCUUCAGAUAGAUGAGAAGAUAGAGGGAGAUAUCAUUUGAAAGCAGUGAACAGCUAUUAUUCUUCACAUUGGUUUGAUCACUGCGUCUUUCGACACUGCUAGCCCUGAGAGUGACGAGUCUAGCUGACAAAUUGGGAAAACUUUGUAUUCAUUUUUUUCCCGAACCCAUGAAAAUCACGUUUUCUUCGUGGACAAUGAUGCGACAAGCAAGCAUCUCCUCGGUGGUAUUUCUAUCUUGCACUGUCAUGCUGGUGCAGGGUGGAUGCCCGCGACAAUGCUCGUGCCCCACCUCACCGCCCUCAUGCCCACCAGGUGUCAGCUGGGUGACAGACUCCUGCGGCUGCUGUAAGGUGUGUGCCAGGCAGUACAACCAGGACUGCAGCCCUAGCCAGCCCUGUGACCACAUCAAGGGCCUGCACUGCCACCUAGGGUCUGGAGGAGACCCGGAGACAGGACUGUGUCGAGCUGAGGCCAUGGGUCGUCCCUGUGAGCUGAACGGCCGGGUCUACCAACACGGGGAGGACUUCCAGCCCAGCUGCCAGCACCAGUGCAGCUGUAUGGACGGCGUGGUGGGCUGCAUGCCCCUGUGCCCACACCAGGUACCACUACCAGGUUGGCACUGCUCCCGGCCCCGGCUGGCCAGGCUGCCAGGACGCUGCUGCGAGGAGUGGCUUUGUGAUGAUGACAACCAUAUCAAGGAGGACUCCAGAGAGGUUGACCACGCUCCACCUCCUUCCCCACCCCAGCACCCUGACCUUGCCAGCAAUGAGCUGCUCAUGGCUCCCACCCCCUGGGACUCAAGUGCUGGAGCGUCAUAUCAAGAGUGGAUCUCCUCCCCCCAGUCCCAUGUCUUACUUCCCUCAACCUGCUUCCUGCAAACCACUGAUUGGUCGCCUUGCUCAGCCACGUGUGGGAUGGGUGUGUCCAGCCGAGUAACCAGUAGCAACGCUGAGUGUCGGUUGGCCAGAGAGACACGACUGUGCCAGAUCCGGCAGUGUGAUCUUGCCCUCACCCCUUCUCCCAAGAAAGGGAAGAAGUGCCAACGCACAAUACGUCCUCGCAAACCUGUCCGGAUCAAGUUCACCGGCUGCUCUACAGCGCGCCAGUAUCGUCCUCGUUCCUGUGGCUUGUGUACCGACGGCAGCUGCUGCACUCCUUCUCUGACGCGCACGGUGAACCUUCACUUCCGCUGUCCUGGAGGCAGGCAGCACUUUACCCGUAACGUCAUGUGGAUCCAGCGUUGCCGCUGCAGCCAGAGCUGCCAAAGUCAAGGGCUUGCCUCCCCGGGCUCUCUCAGUCUGCCUAAUGACAUCCAUACCUUCUCCCACUGAGACCCAUGUCUAAACACUAGCAUUUCUCACCACAAGAACAUGCCCUUGACCUGACUCUGGCCCUCGACUCUAGGGUUCACCCUUGCCCUAAUCUCACUGUCUCCUUUCCUCGUUCCAAAAACGUUUCCUGUUCCCUAACCCCAGGGUUUAUUGCUGCCGUAGCCUCUUUACCCCAGUCUGUGUUCCUUUACCCCAGGACUCCCCCUGACCCUGUCCCCAGUCUGUGUUCCUUUACCCCAGGACUCCCUCUUGCCCUGUCUCCAGUCUGUGUUCCUUUACCCCAGGACUCCCUCUUGCCCUGUCUCCAGUCUGUGUUCCUUUACCCCAGGACUCCCCUGACCCUGUCUCCAGUCUGUGUUCCUUUACCCCAGGACUCCCCUGACCCUGUCCCCAGUCUGUGUUCCUUUACCCCAGGACUCCCUCUUGCCCUGUCUCCAGUCUGUGUUCCUUUACCCCAGGACUCCCCUGACCCUGUCUCCAGUCUGUGUUCCUUUACCCCAGGACUCCCCUGACCCUGUCUCCAGUCUGUGUUCCUUUACCCCAGGACUCCCCUGACCCUGUCUCCAGUCUGUGUUCCUUUACCCCAGGACUCCCCUGACCCUGUCUCCAGUCUGUGUUCCUUUACCCCAGGACUCCCCCUGACCCUGUCCCCAGUCUGUGUUCCUUUACCCCAGGACUCCCCCUGACCCUGUCUCCAGUCUGUGUUCCUUUACCCCAGGACUCCUCCUGACCCUGUCUCCAGUCUGUGUUCCUUUACCCCAGGACUCCUCCUGACCCUGUCUCCAGUCUGUGUUCCUUUACCCCAGGACUCCCCCUGACCCUGUCUCCAGUCUGUGUUCCUUUACCCCAGGACUCCCCCUGACCCUGCCUCCAGUCUGCCCUCACCCCAUAUAGAAGGCUCCAUCAGCUGGGGGAAGGACACUGAUGCGAUGUAGUGAACUGUUUUACUCUUACAGCUGCCUAAUUGUGUGCCCAACACUUUCUCUCUCUCAUUCUCUCACUGGUGGUAACUCCCCCCAUAAUCCAAAAGGUUUUGGUUUGGUCUUCACUCACACCCGAAAAUCAGCACCUCCCUAUAACUUCAGUGAUGGACUGACUGACUGAAUUUAAAAGACAGUUGGGGGUGCUUCUGUGUUACUGUAGUUUGGAAUGGUGAAUUGUACUAUGUGGGACUGUACUUAUAACUACCCAAAGAGAAAGGUUAGACUGAAUAUCAGACAGGCAAUCUCACAGAGACAUUUGCUUAGCAUCCCUUCUGACAAACGCCUUUAUAGCCUUACUGCCCCUUUCACUUGUCUGUUUUGCUUGUGUUCAGUAAGUGACAGAUCUGUGGGCGAUUGUGUCAUUCUACAAAUGAUCUCUAUCAGUGGACCUCCUAUCAAAUUUGAUGGGCAAGAAUAUAAAUGCACAGGUGUUCAUGGUUUACACUCUGAAAUAUGAAUCAUCAUUGUUAUAGACACAGAGGUUUUAAAUGGACCUUUGUAAGUUAUUCAUGUUUAAUUAUUGUAGCGAUGACUUGUAAAUAUGUAUUUACUAUACUUUGUACAGUUAGGCAAUGUUGAUUUGUUUGUCAUUAGGUAUAUAUGUCUGUUUCAUAUCGUCUCUAUCUGUACAGACUUCACUUAACGAUGGAGUGACAUGUUUUGGAUAUUACCUCCUUUUUCGAGGUGCACAGAAUAUAAACAAUAGUGGACCGAGAAUGUAAUAUGUUAAUUUAUAUCACUUUAUUUUGAUUAAUAUAUUCAAUAAAUGUCUUAUAAUGAAA